CAACCAUGCCAUCCCUCCUCCUCAAAGUCCCUCUCAUCAUACUCACCGCUGUUGGCUACCAUGUCGGUAUGACCCCACCGAAUCCACCUCCGAGUAAAGAGGAGCAAGCAAAGGCUCUUGGCGGAAGAGAUGUGACCUUCCGCGAACGUCUGACGAGACUGGUGCCUUUCACCGCAAAGACAAUUGUCGCAACGGUGUCAGCAAUUGAGAUUGCUGUAGCGCUCGCGAAACUGAACCCAACGAGUCCGGCGUCGACGCACAUUUUGGCAUUGUUUUGUUCUGGUAGGGGUGGAGCCAUGAACCUCUCGCUUUCGGCCCAGUCCUUAGUCGGGAUGGGAUUGGUAUGUUUGGGGGGUGCUAUUCGAUUAGCUUGUUACCGGGAACUGGGGCGGCUCUUCACGUACGAGCUCACUCUGCGGAAAGAGCACAAACUCGUUACCAGUGGGCCUUACUCCAUUGUACGCCACCCGAGUUACACGGGUGGUACUAUUCUGGCUGUGGGCAUGACGAUAUGUGAGUUGGGUUCGGGAACGUGGUGGACAGAAGCAGGGAUCAUUCGCACGAUCCCGGGUCAGGCAUUGGCAGUAGUCUGGGGUGCCAUUUUGGCGUAUUCGGGAUUCAUUUUCAGAAGGGCGGUUGGGGAGGAUGAUUUGAUGAGGAAGGAAUUCAAGGGGCAAUGGGACGAGUGGGCAGCGAGGGUUCCGUACAGGUUCGUACCAUGGUUAGCGUGAUCGGAUUGACGCAUCGAUGAGCUCCCUUUUGUAAUAUCUUUGCACUUUUGUAUGUUAUACGAGGAUAUACAAUACAUGAUCGGUCCACAG